AAUAUAAAUCCUUCCAAUCGCAUUUUUGGGUUUCGUUGCGAGCGGGCGUGUCUCGUCCAGUGAAUAAGGAGCAUAACAGAUCGAGGCAGCGCGCAGUGCCAAAGCCUUCGCACGCACGCUCACACUCACUCGGAGGACCCUCUGUGGACGGCACCACACCGCUCGCCAGGGAGCUGCGUGCGGGAAGGCGGCCACGGCGAGUGGCCCUGCUGUCGUGCCACAUCGACGCGAGGACGGCGGGUCUCUCUCUCUCUCCACGAUGAACUCCGUCCAGACCAUCCUCAUUCAGAACCUGUCACGGACUAGAGCCCCCGACAUGGCCGUGUCGGCGAGGGACCCGUCGUGUGCCGGGCGCCGGCGGUGCGACUCGCAGGCCCGGUACAGCCUCAACCCCGAGAGCCUGCGUGGCCUUUCCGGAGGUGGCAGCACUGCGGGCCUCGUGUCGGAUGGCCCGCGGGGCCUGUCCCCCGAGGGUGGCCGUGCGGGCGUCUCGUUGGCCGCGGGGGGGCCCCUGUCGCCGGGGGAGCUGCACCCGGGCCUGGGCGAGCCGGGCUCCGGCGGCGUGGUCCGUGCCAACAGCGACACCGACCUGCUGAGCUCCGACUCGCGCUCCAGCCUCACGGCGAGCAGCUGCGACUACUCGGUGGGGCAGGCCAGGCCCCUCGUCAUCUCGUGGGACAUCAAGGAGGAGGUGGACGCCACCGACUGGAUCGGCCUCUACAGCAUCGACGAAACUUCUCCGGGCAACUUCUGGGACUCGAAGAACCGCGGAGUGAAUGGCACCCAGAAGGGCCAGAUCGUGUGGCGCAUCGAGCCACGGCCGUACUUCACCGAGUCGGAGACCAAGAUCUGCUUCAAGUAUUACCACGGAGUGAGCGGGGCGCUGCGCGCGGUCACCCCGUGCAUCACCGUCCGCAAUCCCAACCCUACGGCCAGCCUGGAUGGGACGAGCGAGGACGAUGAGCCAGGCCAGCACACGCGUCGGCUCAUCAGCUUCUCCCUCUCCGAGCUGCGUGCGACGGCGCUCAAGAAAGGGAUGUUCUUUAACCCGGACCCGUACCUCAAGAUCUCGAUCCACCCCGGCAAGCGCAGCACCUUCCCCACACUGCCACACCACGGCCAGGAGCGCCGCUCCGGCAUCGUCACCAACACCACCAACCCCGCGUGGCAGGGCGAGGGUUACAGCUUCGUGGCUCUUCCCACGGACAUGCUGGAGAUUGAGGUGAAGGACAAGUUUGCCAAGAGCCGACCCAUCAUCCGUCGCUUCCUCGGCAAACUGGGCAUCCCUGUGCAGAGGCUGCUCGAGAGACACGCCAUCGGUGAUCAGGUGCUGAGCUACAAUCUGACGCGAAGGAUGCCCACCGACCACGUGAGCGGCCAGCUGCAGUUCCGCUUCGAGAUCACUUCCUCCAUGCACCCAGAUGCAUCCCCCGACUCGGCGGGGGCUUACAUCGGCGUGUCGGCCACGAACGGCGACGUGACCAGCCCCUCGGACGACGAAGAGCAGACCCAGACGAGCGGCGGCACCCUGGGAGCCACCCAGAGGUCCUACGCUAACGGCGCCACGCAGAGGGGGCUGGAGGAAGCGCGCCCGCACGACGACGUGUUCGCCGAGGACGCCGGCGUGGCCGCGUGGGCCGGCGAAGGGGCCUCGGAGGAGGCGGACGUGGCCGCAGCGGCCGCCGCGUCGGCCGCCGCCGCCGCGGCCGCCAACAGGCACGGCUCCCUCAACGACUACCUGGACUCCUUGGUGGAGGGGCAGGCAGCGGCCGUCGCUCAGCGCCAGGGCCACCGCGUGACGCCCGCCGUGGCCCUCAGCAGCAGUUUCCCCACAAACAGCAGGCUGAACACGAUCCUCUACAUCGACUCGGACUGCGAGAGUCCCGGUGCGCACCCCGGCGAGCAGAGGGUGCCCCAUCUGGUGAGGAGCGAGGCGGGCUUCCCCGAGGGUCUGUCGAACCGGACCGGGGACGCGGGGGCGCGGGCCCGCUCGUCGCUCUCCCCGUUGGGGGAGGCUCGGCCCGCGGCGGAGAUGCGGCCCUUGUCGCUGGUCGUGUCGGAGCUGGAGAGCGUGGAGGCCUCGGUGCUGGAGACGCGCCAGCCGACCACCCCGCGCACCCACUACGUGGCGCUGCACCGCCUGCUCUACAGCCUGCCGUCCACGCGGCUCACGGGCGGCGACGACGGCGACGACGAGAGCGGCGGCGGCGACGACGGCGGCGACGGUGACCGGCGGGACCGGCACGCGGCCGCGGUUGGAGAUGGUGCCAGGCCGGACGACGGCAAUGGCGGCGUCCGCGACGGGUCCCCGGAAUCGGAAGGGGCCGAUGGCGCGGAACGAAUGUUGGAAGACGACAGGACCGCGCCGGGUGCCGACGACGAGGAAGUGGGCCCUAUUGGGGUGCGGCGGCCCGAGCGAAGCCCGGAUUGGGACGAGGCGAGACCGGAGUGCCCCGCCGGAGCCGAGCGGAGCGCCGCGGAGAGGCUCGGGAGCGGAGACGGCGCCGAGGAGCGGAGAGGCUCCGCCGUGGUGGCGUUGGACGGGACGUCCGAUCCGGACGUCGCCGUCGGCAACGUGUUGGGAACCGAGAGCGUAGCGGAACCGAGCCCGGGCCGCGUGGUCUCGGACGGGGGCGGCUCCCGAGAGGAGGAGGCCCCCGAGGAGCACGAAGCGGGUGGGGCGGGGAGUCCCCUCGCGGAGGCGGCCGCGUCGGACGUGGAGGCGGGAGGCCGGACGCCGGAGGGAGUCGGGAACCGGGGCGAUGCGCCGUGUCCGGCGUGCUCCGCUACGCGCGUGUCCUCCCUGGACAGCUGCACCACCACGUGCGUGUCGUCCUUCGACAGCGCCCGCCUCUCGGAGAGCACCGCCUUCUCGUCGCAGGACGAGGACGAGGCCUCCGCUGACGCGGCCACAGACGGGACGGCCGAGGGGAGCAGGACUCAGGGCACCAGCGGCCGGGCGUGCUGCGGUGCGUGCGGAGGGAUGGCGACCGCGGCCGGAGUCCCGGAGCGCGGCGAGGCCGACGGCCGGGGCCCGGACACCGAGGAGGCGAUCUGGCAGCGGCGCCACAGCCUGCAGGCGGCGACCCAGGAGGCGGAGGCCGACGAGGUGGCCAGGGCUUUGCCAGGCGCCGCGUGUCCCUCCGCAGAUGAGCCUCCCUCACGGGAGAGCAGCCACCCGCCCCUGUGCCAGCUGCCCUCCAUCCGGCAGGACAUGAGCCGCUACCAGCGUGUGGACGAGCCCCUGCCGGCCAACUGGGAGGCCCGCAUCGACAGCCACGGCCGUGUCUUCUACGUGGACCACGUGAACCGCAUGACCACCUGGCAGCGGCCCACGGCUUCCUCCUCCCCGCAGGUCCUACAGCGAUCCAACUCCAUCCACGCCGUGCAGCAGAUGGAGCAGCUCAACCGACGGUACCAGAGUGUGCGUCGCACCAUGACCAGCGACCGCUCGGCGGCGGAGGAGGAGGGUGGAGCGGUGGGCGGAGCCAGCAGCGACGGGGCCCCGGGGCCCGGCGAGGAAGAGGAGCCGGACGCAGCCCCUCCCAUCAGCGAUCAGCAGCGGCGGGACUCUGCGCCUGCCGGACACCACAUGAUGCACACGAGGAUGAGCCUCUUGCUGCAGUCGCCUGCCGUCAAGUUCCUCUCUUGCCCGGACUUCUUCACGCUGCUCCACUCCAACCCCAGUGCCUACCACCUGUUUGCUAACAGCACCUGCCUGAAGCACAUGAUCAGCAAAGUGCGGCGCGACUCGCACAACUUUGAGCGCUACCAACACAACCGGGACCUGGUGGCCUUCCUCAACACCUUCUCCAACAAACAGCUGGAGCUGCCGCGUGGAUGGGAGAUGAAGUACGACCACCAGGGUAAGCCGUUCUUCGUCGACCACAAUGCGCGCACCACCACCUUCAUCGACCCGCGGCUCCCCGUGCAGAGCGCCCGCCCCCCGGGGCCUAUCGCUCACCGCCGCCACCUGCAGCGCCAGCGCAGCCACAGUGCCAGCGAGGUCGGCGACGAUCAGAGGCACCACGGGCCGCCCGUCACACCGCGCCCCGCCAACACCCUCAGCGUGGGCGGCCGCUACCCCUACCACGACUCCAUGCCCAUCGCAUACAACGACAAAAUUGUCGCAUUUCUCCGGCAACCCAACGCGUUUGAGAUUCUCCAAGAGAGGCAGCCGGGUCUCAGCAGACACCCCUCUCUCAGGGAGAAGAUCCAGUUCGUGCGCAGCGAGGGCACGUCGGGCCUGGAGCGCCUGUCGGGCGACGCCGACCUCGUCAUCCUGCUCAGCCUCUUUGAGGAUGAAAUCAUGUCGUUCGUCCCGCCGCACUCCCUGCUGCACCCCAGCUACACCCAGUCCCCACGCAGCUCGCCGGGGACGUCGCCGCAGAACUCCCCCGGAUCGCAGCGCGCGAACGCCCGCGCCCCGGCCCCUUACAAGAGAGACUUCGAGGCGAAGCUGCGCAACUUCUACCGCAAGCUGGAGUCCAAGGGAUAUGGACAGGGUCCCGGCAAGAUCAAGCUGGUCAUCAGGCGCGACCAUCUACUGGAGGACGCCUUCAACCAGGUGAUGGCCCACUCGCGCAAGGACCUGCAGAGGAACAAGCUCUACGUUACCUUUGUGGGCGAGGAGGGGCUGGACUACAGCGGGCCCUCCCGGGAGUUCUUCUUCCUGGUGUCGCGGGAGCUCUUCAACCCCUACUACGGCCUCUUUGAGUACUCGGCCAACGACACGUACACCGUGCAAAUCAGCCCCAUGUCGGCCUUCGUGGACAACCAUCACGAGUGGUUCCGGUUCAGCGGGCGGAUCUUGGGCCUCGCCCUCAUCCACCAGUACCUGCUGGACGCCUUCUUCACACGUCCCUUCUACAAGGCUCUUCUCAGAACGCCGUGUGAUCUGAGUGACCUGGAGUACCUGGAUGAGGAGUUCCACCAAAGCCUGCAGUGGAUGAAGGACAACGACAUCACGGACAUCCUGGACCUGACCUUUACCGUCAAUGAAGAGGUGUUCGGACAGAUCACGGAGAGGGAGCUGCGACCGGGCGGAGCGCACAUGGCCGUGACCGAGAAGAACAAGAAGGAGUACAUCGAGCGCAUGGUCAAGUGGCGCGUGGAGCGCGGCGUGGUGCAGCAGACCGAGAGCUUGGUGCGGGGCUUCUACGAGGUGGUGGACGCGCGGCUCGUGUCAGUGUUUGACGCGCGCGAGCUGGAGCUGGUGAUCGCUGGCACGGCCGAGAUCGACCUGCUGGACUGGAGGACCAACACAGAGUACCGUGGCGGAUACCACGACAGCCACAUCGUCAUGCGCUGGUUCUGGGCGGCCGUGGAGAGGUUCAACAACGAGCAGAGGCUGAGGCUGCUGCAGUUCGUCACGGGCACGUCGAGCAUCCCGUACGAGGGGUUUGCGGCGCUGCGAGGCAGCAACGGGCCCCGCAAGUUCUGCAUCGAGAAGUGGGGCCGGAUCACCUCGCUGCCCAGAGCCCACACGUGCUUCAACCGCUUGGAUCUGCCUCCCUACCCGUCGUACGCCAUGCUCUACGAGAAGCUGCUCACCGCCGUGGAAGAGACGAGCACCUUCGGCCUGGAGUAAGCAGCCCCAAGAGCGACCGCUGCCGACCGGCACCCUGCACCCCCGGGGCCUUCCGCAUCCUCCUCGGGCACAAGUGGCGAGAGACACACGACGGAUGUGCCAGGGCUCUGGAGUGUGCACGCAAACCGCCGCCUGCUCGCCGCUGCGGGUUAAGUCGAGGAAGUUUUGGUGGCCUUGGGAUGGGAUGCCGCCACUCUGAAUUGUGAAUACUCUUGUCGCCCACAUUGCAUAAUUAAAAUGUGUCCUGAAGCGUGGAGAUGCAUUUCUUUAGAAAGCAUGAAGAAAAACAACUUGCGAUUGAUUCCACAUCCGAGCACAAGCCCUCACCGCCGAGUCAGCCGGCCCUGGCUAACCAGCGCACAGUCGGCAGCCGUCGUUUUGACAAAGACGGCUAGGGGACAUCAAUGGGGCUGGAGCCAUGAGCGGUCUCGUCCGUGACAGCGACGACGACGACACGUCUUUCGUUUGGUGGUGGCGCAAAGCGCAGCUGUGGGGUCCUGGAUGCUGCAUUGCAGAAGGAUGUCUUCAUCAGCCUCCUCCCGGGAAGUCAACCGUGUGGUGCCGCAGAUAUUGUUGCCAUCGGUUGGGCAACCUCCAAGCGCCCGCCACACAAUAUGCCCCAAGAUUCCUGCGGUAGUGCCACGGAAUGAUGUCCGAUCAGUGUAAUAAUAAUUCUAUUUAAUUUGUAUUUAUUUUUUAUUCGGCAUCAUUCAUGCAGAUCGCGGAUUCAAACGCAGUUUUUUUUUUUUUCACGGAGGCGCGGUAAACCACAGACAGUUUCCCAAGCUCUGUGGUUCUAUAAUGAGAAUGUUUGGCUGACCCUGCGCAUUCGAGGGGAGUGGGGGGGGCGGCGGUAAUGCACAAUCCCCACACAGAAGGGGAUUAACCCACUGCCACACCGUGGCCAAGCCAGGAUUUUGUGUCCUUGACUCUCCACGUUGUCGGGAAUUUUCUGAGUUUGUGUGAUCCUCCAACCUUCGGAGAAUAAAAGUGUCGCUGAUGACACCUGCACGGUGCACUUAAAACUAAACUAUUUUUUAUUUGUAUUAAAUUAUUUUUUAUUUUAUUCGUGAAAGCCCACUGAGCAAAGUAGCUCUUUUUCAGAAGCGACCAGAAAUGAUAGCUCAACGAAGUGGCUUAUCAGGUGGAAAUUUGUAGCAGCCAAAUACCAUGUUGUUUCUAAAUGUGGAGGGGAAAACGCAGAGGGCCCGGAGAAAAAUCCACAUGACCACGGAGAGAAAAUGCAAACUUUAAAUACACAGGCGUCAGGGUUGGGAUCGAACCCAUGAACUCCUGUAUACCAGGCGAGGUGGUUAACAUCUCCUAGCCACCACGGUCGUCGCUUGAGCUGCACAGGGCAGCCGCUCGCUCGCUCGCUCUCCCACGAAGGCUCUGCUCUCUGCCCCCGGUCUGAAACUGGACACAGCUGGACUUUCAAAUAUUGACUUUCAUUCAUACGGUGAAGAAAUUAAAGAAGUCAUUUCAUACACGACAUUUUAAACGAAAGCACGCAGCACGGCUGGCAUUUCCACGCAAAAACACGCACGCUUUACGUGCAGAGUGCAAACGGGACUGUAACCCGGAAACGGCGUUUAACCGCGCAGCUCGCGUACUUUUUUAGCCGUGCAGUACGUGCUUUGCGUAUCUUUGUAAACUUGCGGUCUUUGUUCAAAGUGAUUUGUUAUGUCACUCGACGCAGAAUGAUUUUAGCACCUAGAAAUGUUUACAGGCUGUGCGUGGAGUCUUCUACACGGCGUAUAUUCUGUUCUGUCAUGUGCUUUUAUAAGGAUCUUGUCACUCGACAAUAUGUAGCGCGACUCGUUGUCUUCUUCCGAAUGUUUGCAUGUGGCUGAUGGACGUCCACUCCAGUGGUCAUUGGUGGCUCUCGCUUCUCUCUCAUCGCCCAUCAUCAGUGUAGAGGCCGUAGAACCUGGACGCAAAGCGCGCACAUCUGGCGCAGGUCGGAUGUUUACUGCACAACCGGGAAACACUUGUCAGAGCGAUGCAGAACAAUCGGUUGUUCAUUACUUACUUAUUUACCCAGGAAAGAGUCCCAAGACAAUUUUUCAUAAAGGUUCUGCUACAUGGGGAUGCUUGGCCAACACCAAUGACAUUGUAUGUAUUUAAUUAAACUAUAAAACUUUGUUUUUUUAUCCACUGAGCUAUAUAGCUCUUCUUCAGAAGCCACCUGGCCACAAAUGAUAGAUUAUUGGAGCGGCUUAUCACGUGGAAAUUUAUGUCAGCCAACUACUCCGGAGGACCCGGAGAAAAAUCCACGCCACAAUGGGGAGAACAUGCAAACCUCAAAUAUACAGGCGUCGGGGAUGAGAUCGAAUCCACGACUUCCUGUAUACCAGGCGAGGUAGUUAACAUCUUUGCCAUCUUGGCGCCCAUUCGCUAUUGGGAAGCCGGAGAACCCAGAGGACAACCGUGCAGACCAAGGGAAGAACAUAACAACUCAAUGCAGAAAGGUGCCAGGGCCAGGAGUUGAACCCAGGUCCUUCUUGCUUUGGGGCACAGGUGUUACCACUGCACUGCCACCCUGUGUUGCCCCUGCAGAAUGGUAUAGAUACGGCUAGGGCCAGUCCAUUGGAGAAGGUAGUUUAUUAAUUUCUCAUCAACAACAUUGAACAACUGUGCACUUCAAUGCAGUAAUUUCAAUCGCCUAACAAUUUGCAACCAGUCACGAAGCUCGUGACUUGCUGCAAAUGCAACCUGGUUGUAAGUGCAUUCCUAAAAAAGCCAUAGAUUGUAAUUUACAACGCAUUGUGCGUGAGCCUACCCCACUGUGGUGUUACUCACCAGGUAUCGGUCGUGCCCACGCCUGCUGGGGCUGUGUAAACCCAGCAGCAGAUUCAUAGUUCUUCUCUACCCGUGUGGCACUUGGCAAGAGUCCUAGUGCAGUGGUAAUUGGCAUUGCUCUCCACUUCGGCUGCAGACGCAUUUUCAUGGAGAUGCAGCGCUGCAUCGCCUUAGAUAACGCUCUGCACACACGCAUUGAGGAGCGGCACAUUCGGACAUAAUCAACUUCACCGUUUAUCGGUUUGAAAGCUGUGUUUUCAGCAGUCAGUUGACAAUCUAAUAACUUUAUCUUGAUCGCCAAAUUGUAAGGUUGUUUUGCUUCUAAUUUGCGUCAUGGCUUUACAGUCAUUCUUAAAACGUUCAAGCCACAAUAUUUAGUUUUUUUUAUUGAAGCUUGUGGCAGAGAAACACACCUCCCACCACAAGCGUGUGCGGUUUGUGUCCAGGUGUCCUCAGGCCUCAAGGCUGAUGGUCAGCUGACGGCUUCCUUGCACCCGGUACAGGGCUCUCCACGCUCUAUGACAGCAAUGGCUGCGAGCUGUAUUGGCAGUGAGGCUACUUGUGACAAUAUCGACCGAGUGGACCUUGCUGCAUCUUCGCCCUCCAUCAUCAUCAUCCUCCCCCUCCCCAACCUCCCUCCUUGAGACCCUGAAAAAAAAAGUUAUUUUUUAUUGAUAUUUACCAGCGAAAAUAUUUUAUGUUAAUGCAGGGCCCUGUUUUAAUUGUCAGGACCGUAUCCCUUCCGCUGGGAAGUUUCUGGGUUUGCCUCUGCUCCACGUUAUCCGUUCCACCCCAACUGCUUCCUAGCGAUCUUUCAGGAAAUUACCAAAGAUGCCAUCUGCUCCAAAGUGGACAUUAAAGCUACCAUAACGUCAACCGUACUAGAUCAUUGUGCGUCAACGUGUUAUCCCCAGUUCAAGAUUUUAAAUUACUUUUCAACUAAAUUACAAAAAAAUUCAUUGUAUCAUUGUCUACAUCGGUCUCCAAAAUUAUGAAUUGGAGUGGACUCACCUCAAUAACUGAUUGCUAUACGUAAGUAAAUAUACAGUACUGUUUAUCAUGUAUGAUGUAUUAUCGGCCACUUUGCAUACAUUUAAUCUACUCGUGUACGAAUGUGUUUGUGGGUAAGCACCAGUAGACAUGGGCCUGUAUCAAUAUGCAUGUGCAUGGACACCCAGGCACACAACGGAUACCCAGGCACAACAAUCUCAGCAGGCGUGGGCUGCGUCCGAGUGCACAGUCACCUGGCCACUCAGGGUUGUCCUUGCCCUGUCCCGAAGGUUCGGUUACGUUCCUCAAUGUGAUGUUCGUUCAGCGAGUCGGAUUGAGGGUUGGACUAAGACGCGGUCUCGUGUGCAGGUGUGGUGUGCCAGUGGAGCCCCCACUCACCCUUGUGAGCUCUCCAGCCUUGUUGGUUGUACUCGUAACACGUUUUGACAGACUGGCUCUGACGAGAGGAUUUUGGUGCAAAUUCCUCGUGGAGGUUUGCUCCCCCCCCCCUCCACCCCCCCCCCCCCCCCAAAGUAUCUCACUCCUUAAAUUUUCCCCCUUCAGCUAUGAGGUGGAACAUUGAUAAGGCAAGAGACUAAACCUCCACUCUUGAGUUUGUAUGUAUGUUGAAAGUCUUUCGCAUCGCACGGAGCCAACCGUGAUAAUCGGAGGUGUGGGGAAGGCCAAGAAACUAAACGAAAAAAGCAGUUCUAAGGAAUUGAGUUUUCAGUCGAGAUUUAAGAGUGCACCAUAGCUCCAGUGGCUUCCUAAUAUCGGAAGGAAGAGCUUUGCAGGCGGCCGCAGAAGCGCAUCUGGAAGCGCGCGAUGCGGUGACCGUGUUUGUUCGAUGGUUAGCCAAAAUAAGGUAUGGCCUUAAUACAGUUGGUUUACCGAUCUCACCAAGUUAAACAUGUACACUUCAACGUAGAAGAAACUGAAAAGUAGACGAACUGUAUUUUUCAUUAAGGCAUACCUAUUUUAACCACUUGUAUAUACAGAAGUAAAUUUUUAUUUAAAUGUACCAGGCACUUUUUAUUAUGGUUUAUUAUAUAAAUACCUUGGAAAUUACUUCGGAAUGACUCGGCUUGGUUUGUGAUGUUACACAAUGACAGCGUUCUGCAUCGUGAGCCAUGUGGUCUACUGGAGAGGCGGCGCUGGCACGGGAAGCAACUGAUUAUGAAGCUGUUAGGCAUAUAUAUACGUGCACAUGUAAUCAAAAUCCUUUCGGACCAGAAAUAUCAUUGCCUUAGCAAUGUCUUGCACUGGGCUCCAGUUAAAGCUACAUUCAUAGUCUGUACAAUUGUGACCCAUCGUCCACACCUGCGUUGGUGCCGUGUAAACUUGCUGGGAGGUUCAGGGCAAGAGAACUUCCCCUAUCAGUGGUGGAGCCCAAGUCAGUGAGCAAUUAUCUUUGCUCACCAAUAAAGACGUCUCAUUCCAGUCCGGAAACAACCUCUGUGCAUGUGUUUUCUGCUCCUCACGUGUUUCUCUUCUGCACAGCCGUGAAGUGUUGUGCAGUGAAAACUCGCGUGUCUCAUACACGAGAGUGGGUUACAACCCAUUGAGAGCUUUUUUUAAAAUCUAAUGAUGAGAAAAAAAAUGUUUUAUUUGAAAACAUUUUCAGGGGGUUACAUGAGCAGUGAUGUUAUCAUGCAACCAUUCGCAUUCUGAACUCCCAAUUGAAUGCGUACUGUCAACCAACAGCAGAGGAAAGCAAUUCCACCCACCAAUGGGGCGUGAAUCCCCUUGUUCUGAGUGACAAACAGACUGCGCGUCUCAUCGUUUGGUGACGAGGAAUUCCCACAUGACAUGUAACACACACACAUGUGGCUUAUGUAUGUUUUGUUUGUACAUUUUUAAGAAUGUGUUGUUUGCGGACAAUGCGUAACUCUCCUUUGGGCAGGGAGGACUAUUUGUGUUUUGUUUUUUUUAGUCAACGCAUCUGUUCACUUGCCGAGAACGCUCUCGAUGAACACGCGCGCAUUCACUGGGCCGCAUUUUGUCGCAAUUGUGGACGGUUCGUGUCCGGGUGCGCACGAGAUGACAUCUGCGUUGCUGGACAUCCCUCCGUGUUGGGAAGAAGGAGGGGACACGCGGCUGUGAUGUAACCGGAGUGUGGACGGUCAGCUUGCCUCGUUUGCCGCUCUGCCCAUUGUAGAGCAGCUCACGGGGGGGGGGGGGGUAGACACUGGCCGAGCUUCCCGGUACUGGCACCGGUCAGCGGGAGGAAGCGGCUGGUUCGUGCCCACCACAAAGGGGGGCCGUCUCUGGCGUCACGAAGCGAAAACCUGCGUCCGUGCCGCGAACGAGGAAUUGCUUUUACCAAUGGGCACUUUGCUUGUCACUAUUUAUUUAUGAACAAGUCACUUAAAUGACGACGCGGGUGACGCGCUGUAAUAUACGCGCCGGGUGUUUUAUUCGUGCAGCUGAAGACGCCGCUGAGGUUUAGUACGGUGCAGGGCUCAUUGACGCGCAAGUGAACCAGCUUAAAUGUACACUUUACAUGGCGUGUGUUUGUGGUAUAUGCAUUUGUGCUGACGGUGCAUUUGUGCUGACGGUGCAUUUGGCUGAUGACUCGUGACGAUCCCAUCGCCACCGCUGCAUGGACCCAAACAGAUCGAUCUGGCCACGCGCUCGCCUGACCUGUCACCUGGAUGAGGUGCGAUGGCUGCACUUGGAGGUGCGUUUGUCUGUGGAUACACCAAGAGGGCUGGCAUCGACAGCGAGAUGUCUGACGUUGCUUGUGUAACCAGAGCGUUGUUUGUAUAGUAUCGCAGUCGAUUCGUGUUAUAGCAGACACCAGAGUCGCGGUGUGGUAUUCACAGCAUUUCAUUAUUUGUAUGAUUGUAUUUCACAUUUCAUUGUAUAAAAUGGUCGAGUAAGUGGAAGUCAGUUUUGAAAAUGUUGUUUUUUUGUUUGUGUUGCCUUGGCUGCUUUAGUAUAAUUUGUGAAGGGUCGGUGCAAAGUCGCCGUUCAGGGCGCUGAUUGACCACGUGGACGAGGAUUGUGGGUUUGCGAGCAUGGACCAGACGUAGAGGGUCGGCAGUGCAGUACUCGGUGCGGGCUUUUUUUGUUUCGUUUUUCGUCGAUAAAACGUUUGCAUCAAGCAGAUAUUCUCACCCGCGUGUCACCAACUUUGCACAUUUAUAUUUUCAAAGAGCGAGGGGUUUUUGCCGGAGCACGGCCUGUUGCAUUCUCAAGCCGCCAAUAGUGACCGAUGGUACCGGACAGAUCCGUUUUGUUGUCGAUGUUCUCGGAUUGUGUGCUGGAAUCAAAACAAUAAAUGUCGUUUUUACUG